GCCAACAUGUACCGGGUCGGAGAUUAUGUCUACUUUGAGAAUUCCUCUAGCAAUCCGUACCUCAUCAGAAGGAUAGAAGAACUCAACAAGACUGCAACUGGCAACGUGGAAGCAAAAGUAGUGUGCUUUUAUAGACGACGAGAUAUUUCCAACACGCUUAUAAUGCUUGCAGACAAGCAUGCUAAAGAAAUUGAGGAAGAAUCUGAAACAACAAUUGAGGCUGACUUGACGGAUAAACAGAAACAUCAGUUGAAACAUAGGGAGCUCUUUUUGUCUCGCCAAUACGAAUCUCUGCCUGCAACACAUAUCAGGGGGAAAUGCAGUGUUGCCCUUCUGAAUGAGACAGAGUCUGUAUUGUCAUAUCUUGAUAAAGAGGAUACUUUUUUCUACUCAUUGGUCUAUGAUCCCUCAGUGAAAACACUGUUAGCUGACAAAGGUGAAAUCAGAGUGGGACCUAGAUAUCAAGCAGACAUUCCAGAAAUGCUCUUAGAAGGAGAAUCAGAUGAGAGGGAACAGUCAAAAUUGGAAGUGAAAGUUUGGGACCCAAAUAGCCCACUUACAGAUCGACAGAUUGACCAGUUUUUAGUUGUAGCGCGUGCUGUCGGGACAUUCGCUCGAGCCCUUGAUUGCAGCAGUUCUGUAAGGCAGCCUAGUUUGCAUAUGAGUGCAGCUGCAGCUUCUCGAGACAUCACCCUGUUUCAUGCUAUGGAUACGUUGUAUAGGCACAGCUAUGAUUUGAGCAGUGCAAUUAGUGUCUUAGUACCACUUGGGGGACCUGUUUUAUGCAGAGAUGAAAUGGAAGAAUGGUCGGCCUCUGAAGCUAGUUUAUUUGAAGAGGCACUGGAAAAAUAUGGCAAAGACUUCAACGACAUACGUCAAGACUUUCUCCCUUGGAAAUCAUUGACUAGCAUCAUUGAAUAUUAUUACAUGUGGAAAACUACUGACAGAUAUGUGCAGCAGAAACGUCUAAAAGCAGCAGAAGCUGAGAGUAAGCUGAAACAAGUGUAUAUCCCAACUUACAGCAAACCAAAUCCCAACCAAAUAUCUACCAGCAAUGGCAAACCUGGUGCUGUGAAUGGAGCCGUGGGAUCCGCAUUCCAGCCGCAGAACCCUCUCCUAGGGCGAGCCUGUGAGAGCUGCUAUGCUACACAGUCUCAUCAGUGGUAUUCUUGGGGCCCACCUAAUAUGCAAUGUAGGUUAUGUGCAACCUGUUGGCUCUAUUGGAAAAAAUACGGAGGCCUAAAAAUGCCCACCCAGUCGGAAGAGGAGAAGUUACCUCCCAGCCCAGCUACAGAGGACCCUCGAGUUCGAAGUCACAUGUCUCGCCAGGCCAUGCAGGGGAUGCCGGUCCGAAACACUGGGAGCCCAAAGUCUGCAGUGAAGACCCGUCAAGCUUUCUUCCUUCACACUACAUAUUUCACAAAAUUUGCUCGUCAGGUCUGCAAAAAUACCCUCCGGCUGCGGCAGGCAGCAAGACGGCCGUUUGUUCCUAUUAAUUAUGCUGCCAUUAGGGCAGAAUAUGCAGACAGACAUGCGGACCUAUCUGGAAGUCCACUGAAAAGCAAAAGCACUAGGAAACCUUUGGCAUGUAUCAUUGGGUAUUUAGAGAUCCAUCCUUCGAAGAAACCUAAUGUAAUUCGAUCUACACCAAGCCUACAAACCCCAGCUACCAAGCGGAUGCUAACCACCCCGAAUCACACGUCUCUGAGCAUUUUGGGGAAAAGAAACUACAGUCAUCACAAUGGCCUGGAUGGAUAUAAGAUCCUGACUAACGUGAGUUUCCAAGGUGAACUCAAAGUACUAGAAAAAAAUGUUAGUUAG